AUGAAGCAAUCAAGACAAUCUGCCAAAGUCGCCUAUCAAGGCUUGACGGAGUUGGUCAAAUUUGGAAAAUUCACUGAAACAGAAGGUGCUCAAGCUACUAGUACUCUGAUUGCUAUAGUGGCAGAAGAACAUGUGGCACCAUCAAGGUCAAAUCUUAGUUUUUCAUUUGAAGUUUCUGAUGAUGAUGAUGAUGAUGAUGAUGACGACGAUGACGAUGAUGAUGAUGAUGAUGAUGACGACGAUGAUAAUGAUGAUGUGAAUUUUCGUCUGUUCGUUCCACAUAAGGAUCCAGUCAAUGAAGCUGUGAUUACUCCAGCUGAGACAGAGUUUGUAAUCAAUAUUUUCAAGCAACCAGAUAAUCCAACGCCCGAACAGAUGGAAGAACUUAUUAAAGAAUUACAGUCAACUGCAAGGAAGCAUCCCCAAGCAGUUCUUGUUACUGUUGAAUCUCCAUAUGAGAGUGAUAAAGACGAACCAAAUGUCUCCCAGAUGCCAAAGAAGCGAAGACGUAGAAAUCCAAGGCCGGGAGUGCUUAUUGCUGAACUAGUACAACUGCCAACUUCGAAUGCUGAGCUAGCCCAAGUUAUUCAAGAUGUUCAAACUCCAAUUGUUGAAGCAGCCCAGGUUCAUCAAGAUGUUCAAAGCCCAAUCGUUGAACUAGCCCAAGUUGAUGUAGAUGAUCAAAAUCCAACUUUUGUUGAAGACUUCUUUGUUGAUGAAGAAACUUUUGCCUCAGGAAGUUCUUCUGCUCCACCACCUCCAGAGCAUGAUGCUCCAUCUAUGAAGCUAACCAAUCUUCUUUCUUUUCAAGACUCUAUUCCUCAGUCAAUAGGAAAGGGUAUACAUAUUGGCUCAGGACAAAGAGGUGAUGACGACUCUCAACAAACCAUCUCUAAGCUCAGACAAGAGAUACUAAUUUUGAAGCAGGAAUCCAUUGAAAAGGAUCUGCUGAUUGGGAAGUUGGAUGUGAGAUUUUCGGAGCUUGAAAAGGAGAAUUCCCAAAAGAAUAAACAUAUCUCAGAACUUCAAGACAAUCUUGGUGGUCUGACAGCCUUCUACUUUGAUCUCAAAGACAAACUAAUUGGAAAGUUUGGUGAUGAGUUCAAGAAUUCCAGUUCUGAUGGUGAAAAGGCUCCUGAAUCAUCUGAAAGGGUGGUAAUUGGUCCUGCUCCAGAUUCCAACAUAGAUCAAUAUUUGUCUUUUAGCCCUGUCACAGCUAAAGAGAGAAGGGAGAAACAGAAGAAAUUGGAUAUGCUGAAGAAAGAUAAAAUGCUUCUGAUGAAGAAUUCUGAUAAGAAUGCAACUAGAGAUCACCCCCAGAUGUUCAUCAAAGAAGUUGGAAAAAGAAAAUUUGUUGAUCGAUAA